AAAGAAAAAAUAAAUAAAAAUCCCUAUAGGCUUCAUCUAUGACCAUCAAAUCUGCUCUGAUCCAAUUACCAACUUCCUCAAAUCAAAACUAGUUCAAUACAUUGACUUCAAAUUUCUGAUUAAAACCCAUUAUCAUGAAUCAACAUCAAACAAUUUCCUUUAAACCUAUUCUUCAUUCUAUUAAUAAUGGAAACUAAACCCAUGGUUAAUCCAUUAAUCAUCUAGUCUUUAGAGAGAAUAGAACUCUGGACCUCACUCGGGAAAUUUAGUGUUACAUGCUCAUGAUUCUCAACACCCUUCUAGUCUUAGACUAAGAAGAAAAGAUCAAAAAUGGAUAUGUUCAAAAAAUGGAAGAAGAACAUACUAACAAGAUGCAAGUCAACCAAAGAAAAACCCCAAAAAACAAUAAGCAACAACCUCAACACAUUGCCAAAAUGCAAGUCAUACCCACCACCAUGGUGUAGUCCUAGUCCUAGCCCAUCAUCCCCAUCUACAAAGGCAAAGGCGAAGCGACCGAUGACACCAGGAGGGUGUUUUUCAGUGUAUGUAGGAACAGAAAGACAGAGGUUUGUGAUCAAGACUAAGUAUGUUAACCAUCCUUUGUUUAAGAUGUUGUUGGAUGAUGCUGAACAGCAAUAUGGGUAUAGUAGUGAAGGGCCUAUUUUGCUUCCUUGUGAUGUUGAUUUGUUUUAUAAAGUGUUGGCUGAGAUGGAUUGUGAUAGUACUGAUCAUAUUAUUCAUUCUUAUGGGUGUGGUUCAUAUGGGUCUUAUUCUCUUCUUAGUCCUUCUAAAUUGCUUAAGAUGAACCAAUUUUAAGAAGUUUAUAUAUGUAUAUCAGCUGAUUUGGUUUGUUUGCAGUUUUGUAAGUUGAUUUGGUUUAGAAGUUAUUAGUCUUGAAGUAUUGUGUUUAAAAUUUACAUUUUUUGAUGUUACUUGGGGUUUGGAUUGAAUGUACCUAUAAUUUUGUGUGGUUUAGUAAAUUGGAUAUGUCUAACUCAUGUAUUGAUAGAGUAUAUAAUAUAUCUUGGAGUUACAAACUUUAUUAGGUAUUGUUAGAGUAUAUGAUAUAUUCUAGGGUCUCGAUUAUUUGCUUAAGCUUUUGGUUGAGUUGGUUUCUUGACAUGGUAUUAGAAGUCAAUGUGACAAGACGUCAUGACCUCAAAUCUCCACUACCCCUCAUUUAAAGUAGGAUAUUUAGCUUUUGGAUGGACAUAGAUAAGUGAUGCAUCCACACUUCUAGCCCAAAUGCUCUCGUGAGUGUCAGGAUGAGGAGGACCCGCGCCGCAUCCACACUUCUAGCCCAAAAGGCUCUCGUGUGAGGGGAAUGGUAGAAUAUUAAUUGGGCUAUACAACACAUAUAUGGAGAACGUCUCACAAUGAUACUAUCUCAGACAAAAAUUUGUGAUAUAUAACAUAUAAUGGGACAUAAACUAUUAGCUUAAGCUUUUAGUUGUGUGGAUUCAUUAACAAUUAUAUUAUAUACCCUAUCAUAUACAUAUCUAAGCGUCAGACUUGACUGUUUCAAGAAAAAGUUUCAAUAUUUUGAACCAACAUUGAAGUAUCUAUGUGUCGUUCACAUACUUAAGUGUCAAGGAUCUGACACGAGUAUUUGAGAUAAAGUGAAAGUGUUCGAGUAAAGUAUGCAAAAUGCUAAUCACAAAGUUGGAUUGAGGGGUAAGGUCAGUUUAGGAUUCACCUGUGUUUCUUAGUAGAAAAACUAAGUCAUAGACAGUUAGAUACUCUUAAGUGAUCUAGAGCAACAACUAUUACCACAAU